AUGGCUGAAAUGAACAUGGGCGUGUUGCCCACCAUCAAAUGCUCCAAUUGUGGGUGUAACGUCGAGAUCUCCUCCAUGGGGGAUCACAUUUGCGCUCCAAAUGAAUUUGCCCCCGUCGCCCUCCCAUCACCACCUCCAUCCGCGGGCCUAGAAUCUCCAGACCGACUCUCACCAAAAGUGACCCGAGACGGGCCUCCCCCGGCCAUUGACCCCUCUGCUGCAAAUCGCGCAUUUCUACAGCCAAAUGUUCCGACACCAGCCAGCAGUGUGCAUCCAUCACCGCACUCGAUUAGCCCACCAGCCCGAUCGCCACUGCGCUCGCUGCAGCACAAUGUGAAUGACGACAAUGAGUCUGUGAUCAACUUGGACUCGGUAUUCUCCUUCCCCAUGCCCGGUAACAGGUCGCCAACCGAAGUGAGGACACCGAGUCCAAUGACGGACAUACCCAGGCAUCAAUUACGACCAUCAGUCUCGUCGCCGGGGCUGGGACUGAGCGUCAGGCCAGAAAAUAUACAACUUCCACCUAGUCCAUUACCGCCUUCGAUGUCGCCGACUACGAAUCAUUACAGGGGGGAUUCGGCGGUGAGCCACAGCAGCUAUACGUCUUUUUCCAGUAGUCGCUAUGGCGAUUCCACGGCGAGAUCAUCAUCUAAUAGCUUUUCGCGUGGGUUCCGGUCAUUCAUGGACGAAACACCUCCAAUUCCACCGGCACCUCUUCGCACUCCCAAUAAGUCGUCUUUCCCCCGCGACUCGAACCUUUCAGUGGUUUCAUCCCGGAUCAGCGAGGAGGAAGCUAGUGGGUUCGACUUCGGCAUUCCCACUGGCCAUAACCCUACGACCGGACUACAAGACCUUCCGGAAGAGUCUCCCCCAGCGGACCCAGAAAAUCGUGAUGACUACAUCACAUCUCAGCCUGCACAGACUCACCUGCAUCCCGCAGCAGCAGCGACAGAGUUUGGUAGCGAUCCCCAAAGGAAGAAUUCCAAUGCCAGCACGGCAAGUGCCUUUUCUGUCACCAGCUUUGCGCGUGCUCUUGGGCUGGAGGAUCAGAUGAUGAACCACGCAGGAAGCUCCGGCUCGUCUGAUUCUUCGCCUUCCGAUGCCCGCAGCGGGAGUUCCCUGUCCAGCCUCCCUUCCGAUGUCAGCUUGAACAACCCCAAACCCACCGAUCCACUCAAUCUCGGCCCCUUGGUUCAAGAACUGCCCGCCCGGAGUCGACAAACAAUCCUAGAAUUACCUGGCCGUAUACGGAGCACAAUGGAAGAUGUGCCUCCCAUCCCGGCAGCGUUCUUCAGUCCCGACUCACCCACCGACCCUGCAAUCAACAAAACCGGACUAUCAUUGAUUGCAGAAAAGCAAGAAGCCCCUCCGAUCCCAAAGACAGCCGAAUCCACAGAAUUCCUCUCACGACCACCACCACCUCAACGCGCAUUCACAGCCCCCGUUCCCCAAAUCCCCCAAACCCCACGAACACCAACCCGAUCUGCAACACGCACCAAAGGGACCUGCAAAGGCUGCAACGAGCCAAUCACCGGAAAAUCAGUCUCAUCCUCCGACGGCCGUCUGACAGGCCGCUACCAUCGCGGCUGUUUCGUCUGCUUCGAGUGCCACUCACCCUUCCCAACCGCCGACUUCUACGUCCUCAACAACCGCCCCUUCUGCGCACAACAUUAUCACGAGCGCAACGGAUCCCUCUGCGCCGGCUGCCACACCGGCAUCGAGGGCCACUACCUGGAAACCGUCGAGCGGAAUCCUGCCCGUCCAGACCGUCGUCGUUUCCACACUCAAUGUCUGCAAUGUCGCACUUGUCACGUCCUCCUCAAGGGCGACUACUUCGAGUGGAAUGGUGAAGUGUUUUGUGAGCGCGAUGCUCGCCGUGCAGCUUCCGCUUACCAUCCCCCACCUCCUCCACACCCUGGUCGUCGUAGGCCUACUGUUGGCUCGUCGCCGCUGGCUCAGUCUGGUCCUUUCCCUGGUUCUUAUCCACCUCCUGGUGCGAGAAUGGGACCUGGACCUGGACCUGGACCGGGAUUGUACCCCGGUCCUCGAUUACCACCUGGUGGUGGAGGACGGUUCCCCGAACGACGGACUACAAGGCUUAUGAUGAUUUGA